AGUGAGCUGACAGCUGACAGCCGCUGCCGCCGACGUGGUGGCCUUCCACCCAUCCACUCCUGCCUUGUUACAACUCCUGAUCCUGAACCUCACUCCUUUUGCCCUGAUAACGGCAAAACUCCUUGCCUGUGCUUUCUUCAAGAGGGCCAGUCAGCCGCCACUCCUGUGACAGCCUCACAGCAUCUCAGGGUUGUCGUAGCCUUACACAGCAUCAAGACCAAGACGUGGUGGCUCGUGAUUCGUGGUCCAACAUGUCUAACCAGAAGAAAUGUGAAGCAGUAGCCAACCUGUAUUGCCCCAGCUACGCCGUGGUGGCGGUGGGAGGGCGGCAUGUGGUGGUGGGCGGCGGCGGCGGCUCGGCCAAGACGGGCGUUAAGAAUCAAUUUGAUGUAUUUGAGCUUUACCACAAUGGAAGCCAAACAGUUGGAGAACGAGUCCUCUCAUAUGAAGUUGGUGAUUACUGUAUCACCAAUAUGGUGGCAUGGCCUGGGGCCAUCACAGCAGCCACCACUGUAAAGACAGCACCUGUCAUCACACUGGCUAUGGGUCUUGAGGAGAAGUGUGUCAUUAUGAAGCUGAAACCAACUCUCAGAACAGUGAAAAAGGAAGAAAUAACAUUACAACAAUCUUCAAAAGGAAAAGAUAAAGGCCAUGCAGGAGGCUUCCUGAGAAAAAGAAGAAUAAGUGAGAAGAGUGCAGAAGAAGGAUCAACAGAAAAAGAAGAAGUAUCAGAAGAGAAAAAGAGACGGCGAUCCAUCAAUACAACUCUCCGAGGAACUAAGUACUUUACAUUUGAUGUGGAAAAACUGAGCUCCACAGAGACAGUCUUUAAAAAUGCAUUAGAGGAGGAGACUUACCAGAAGUGUUGUGGAAUAUCUCCUGAUUACAAGUUUUUGGUGACCGGAGGGACAGAUGGUUACUUAAGAGUCUGGAGUUUGCCAGAUAUGAAAAAAGAAAGGCAGAUAAAAGCUCAUGAAAAGGAAGUUGAUGUCCUUGACAUCAAACCAGAUUGUAAACAGGUUGUCUCUGUGUGUAAGCCAACAUAUGAAUGUUGUGUGUGGAACCUCAAAGAUGGAAGCAAACUAACACAUGUGGUAUUGCAGACUAAUGGAGUCAGAUACAAAUGCUUCCGUGCCAAAUAUGGCAUUGUUGAGGGAAGCAUACAGAAGGCAAGACUCUUCACAAUCAGCAAUCCAGUUGGAGGAACUAAAAAACCAGCUAUUGUGGCAAAGUGGUGUGGGAAAACAUAUAAACAAGAGCGAACAAAAAGCUUGGCAGGAACUUUGAGCAGCUUGGCUCUGAGUGACAAUGGCCAGUACUUGGCUACAGGAACCAUGGGUGGUUCUAUCUACAUUCUCAUUGCCUUCAGUUUACAACAACUCCUUGUGGUGGAGGAAGCCCAUAGCAUGUUUAUAACAGGCUUAGAAUGGCUGCCAACACAGAACAAAGUAUCACAGAUGGUGCGUGGAUACUCUGAUGCAUCUGUUCUUUCCAUUUCAUGUGAUAACUCCCUCAAAAUACACCACAUUCCUCGACCAGGCAUGGUGCCAGUAUGGGUCGUUGCCAUCCUUGCCACUGUUGUUCUGUGUUUUGCCUUCUUACUAGCAAAUUUCUUAGGACUCUAGAUUUUUUAAGAUUUAUAAGGUGAGGUGUGAAUUGAAGGUGAUGAUUCUAUAAAGAGAACUUCUGUGUAUUAUGUGGUAAAAUUUAUGCAUCACAGAAACUCUUUUGAAUAUAAUGUAUGAAUUAUUUAUUUUGCCUUAGCCUUCCUCUUGGGAUAGCUUUUAGAAACAGUCUUCAGAUAUAGAUAGAUUGCAAAAUAGACACUCUACUAGCUUUGUCAUUGCAGUUUAUCUGCUGGUAUUAAAAAUGGGAUACAUUUUCCAGAAUCAAAUUCUAAAUAUAUGUAAUUUGUAUUUAUAGAGGUGAGGUACAAGUGCAAUAAAUCACAAAUAUAUGUAGAUAUUUGUGCAAUUAAAAUUAUCAUCACAGCUUUAUAACAUUCAUCAAAAUGUAUUUUAGCAAUACAACAAGUAGCUGCAUAUCAUUUCAUACACACACACACACACACACACACACACACACACACACACACACACACACACACACACACACACACACACACACACACACUCAUGCAGCAUUGUUUUAUAUAUAGAUGUGAAAAAUUUACAAUUUGUGUAUCUCAAAUUUUUCUUUUAGUGUUGUUCUUUAAAGUUAUUUUCAUAGUAAAGUAGUUUAAAGAGAGAAAUGUUCAACGAAAAUGUGGAAGUAAAACCUAAAUCAAGGGAGUGGUUUGAAGUAGGACCUCACCUGUAUAAAGUAGAAAAAUAUAUCAAAAAAUAGUAAAAAAAAAAAAAAGAUGAGAAGAAAACUAGAACCAUGGGUCUUGUGCAGAACAAGGGAAAGGCUAAUGUCCACUGGGAACAGGGAAUGGAAAUACUGUAUGAAAUUCUAAGGGCAUCUUAGAAAUAGUACAACAGUCAGGUGGUAAAAGAUGUAUGGUAUAUGCAUAUUUAAUUACAGUGUUAACUGAUCUUGUAUGAGGACAGUGUUUUACCAUGGCACAGCAUAACUACUAAAAAUAGGCUGCUGGUAGCCACAUAGUGUUAUGACACCUUUGAAAAAGAAAGCAGUAGAAAUAUGAUACAGAUCUUUGUCAUAGGUUUUGGAAUAUCACUACCAAUAUUGAAAUAGUCUUCU